AUGCCUGCCGAACUCCAUGGCGUCAAGUCGGCCGACAUCCACAAGCAGGUCAAGCAGCUCAUUCACGAGCUCGUCAACAUCAAGGACACCACGGGCGAGUUCUUGAUGACCCUCGCCGAUGGUCGCAUCAUCGACACCAAGGGCUGGAACGACUGGGAGUGGACUCACGGCAUCGGUCUGUACGGCAUCUGGAAGUACUACGAGCUGACGGGCGACGAUGAGUGCCUCAAGGUCAUCGAGGACUGGUUCAAGAACCGCUUCGAGGAGGGCCACAAAGGCAAGAACAUCAACACCAUGGCCGUCUUCCUCACCCUCGCCUACGUCUACGAGAAGACUGGCAACGAGACCUACAGGCCCUGGCUUGAGAGCUGGGCCGAGUGGGCCUACCACGACCUCCCCCGUACCAAGUACGGCGGUAUGCAGCACAUCACCUACCUUGAGGUCAACGACCAGCAGCUCUGGGACGACACCCUCAUGAUGACCGUCAUGCCCCUGGCCAAGAUCGGCCUCGUCCUCAACCGCCCCCACUACGUCGAGGAAGCCAAGAAGCAGUUCCUCAUCCACCUUCAGUACCUCUUUGACGCCCCUAGCGGCCUCUUCUUCCACGGCUGGACCUUCCACGAGGGCGGCCACAACUUCGCCCGUGCCCGCUGGGCCCGUGGUAACAGCUGGGUGACCAUCGUCAUCCCCGAGUUCAUCGAGCUCCUUAACCUCUCCCCCGACGACUCAUUGAGGCAACACCUCGUCAACACCCUCGACGCCCAGGUCUCCGCCCUUGUGCCCCUGCAGGCCGAGAACGGUCUCUGGCGCACUCUGCUCGACAUUCCCGAGUCCGAGGGCUCCUACGUCGAGGCCAGCGCCACCGCCGGUUUCGCCUACGGUAUCCUCAAGGGUCAGCGCAAGAAGUACAUUAGUGCCGAGUACGAGGAGGUCGCCGUCAAGGCCGUCAAGGCCGUCCUCGAGAACAUCAGCCCCGAGGGUGAGCUUCUCAACACCUCCUUCGGUACCGGUAUGGGCCACGAUCUGCAGCACUACAAGGACAUCCCGCGUACGAGUAUGCCCUACGGCCAGGCCAUGGCCAUGAUGGCCCUGGUUGAGUUCCUGCGCGUCUAUAUCUGA